AUGCUCAGGACUCAAAAGCUGCGGCCCGGGGACGUGGGGCCCGCCGACUGCCUUCCGCAGACCACGCCGCCGCUCCAGUCAAAGCCGCUCACCUCCUUUCUCAUCCAGGACAUCCUGUGGGACGGCGCGGAGCGGCGGGACGGCAGCCACACGUGCAGCCCGGAGCCGCAACCCCUGCCGCAGCGCCAGCCGCAGCUCCCGCGCGAGCCAGAUCCGCGCCGGGACCCUGAGCCGGAGCCCGAGAGAGGCCGAGGCCGCGCCGGGGGCCCGGAGGACGAGCUGAGCGCCCAGCCAGGCGCCGCUCCGGGGGAGGCCGGGAACUUGGCGGAGACCGAGCCAGAUAGGCACUUUGAGACUUAUCUGUUGGACUGUGACAACACUUCAGGUGCCUUACCAAACCUCCCGCCAACACCCAAGCAGCCACAGAAGCGCUCCCGAGCGGCCUUCUCCCACACGCAGGUCAUCGAGUUAGAGAGGAAGUUCAGUCAUCAGAAGUACCUGUCAGCCCCUGAAAGGGCUCACCUGGCCAAGAACCUCAAGCUCACUGAGACCCAAGUGAAAAUAUGGUUCCAGAACAGACGCUAUAAGACCAAGCGAAAGCAGCUCACCUCCGACCUGGGAGACCUGGAGAAGCAUUCCUCCCUGCCAGCCCUGAAAGAGGAGGGCCUCUCUCGGGCCUCCCUGAUCUCCCUGUACAACAGCUACCCAUGCUACCCCUACCUUUACUGCCUGAGGAGCUGGAGCCCGGCUUUCUGGUAAUGCUCCGUCAGGCGAC